UAGUAGUAAGUACUCUUGCCUCUUUGGAACUACACGCAUUAUAUAAACAGUAAACCGAGGCACAGUUCUCCCAAACACUUCAAAAACACCAUUCACCACCACAUGGGUUCUCUGGCAGAGACACCGGCGGAGACAACAUACGCAGGAGGCGCGGUGGAGCUCCAACAGCUCGACGUCAUUGAGGAUCAUGUCGGCCGAACCGCGACUACUACUAAUGACCACCAGAAAAGAGCUCAUGACUGCCUGCUCAACUCUCCUGAGCCACCCUCUCUGUUUCAUCAGCUUCUUUCUUCAAUCAAACGCACAAUUUUUGCCGAACAAAAAAACAAGAAGCACUCUUCAAAAGGGAAUGGCAAGAGCACAACUUCAUCGGGGCGUCUUUUUUCCGUCUUGAUGUCUCUUUUUCCGAUCCUAAGAUUGGGAAGGAACUACAAGGCCUCCAAAUUCAAACACGACUUGAUGGCUGGCUUAACUCUUGCUAGUCUCAGCAUUCCUCAGAGUAUUGGAUAUGCGAAUUUAGCGAAACUUGAUCCUCAGUACGGCCUCUACACAAGCGUUGUGCCGCCACUAAUCUAUGCUCUAAUGGGAAGCUCAAGAGAAAUAGCCAUUGGACCUGUGGCUGUGGUCUCAUUGCUUCUCUCUUCCUUGGUGCCGGAAAUGCAAGACCCCGCCACCGACCCCGUUGCCUACACAAAGCUUGUUUUCACCGUCACUUUCUUCGCCGGAAUUUUUCAAACUGCCUUUGGAUUCUUCAGGUUGGGUUUUUUAAUUGAUUUUCUGUCACAUGCUGCCAUAGUUGGGUUCAUGGCUGGAGCAGCCAUAGUUAUAGGGCUUCAGCAACUCAGGGGUCUAAUUGGGAUCACCCACUUCACCACAAAUACUGAUGUUGUCUCUGUGUUGAAGUCCGUUUUCAAGUCCUUUGUUAAUGAGCCAUGGCACCCUCUCAAUAUCGUCAUCGGUUGCUCGUUCCUAAUCUUUCUCCUAGUUGCGCGGCACAUUGGUAGAAGAAACAAAAAGCUGUUUUGGGUGCCAGCAAUUGCUCCUCUAUUAUCAGUGAUAUUAUCCACUCUGAUAGUGUAUUUAACAAAAGCUGAUAAGCAUGGAGUCAAAAUAGUCAAACACAUCAACGGAGGCCUGAAUCCCAGCUCCCUUCAUCAGUUGCAGCUCAAAGGCCCACAUGUCGCACAAACUGCCAAAGCAGGACUCAUUUGUGCCAUCAUUGCACUCACCGAGGCAAUUGCUGUUGGUCGAUCCUUUGCUUCCAUCAAAGGAUACCAUCUUGAUGGGAACACGGAGAUGUUAGCCAUGGGCUUUAUGAACCUUGCAGGAUCUCUAACUUCUUGUUAUGUGGCGACUGGUUCAUUCUCAAGAACGGCGGUGAAUUUCAGCGCCGGAUGUGAGACCGUGGUGUCGAAUAUAGUGAUGGCCGUGACAGUGUUUGCGUCGCUGCAGUUGUUAACAAAGCUCUUGUACUACACUCCCAUGACCAUCCUGGCUUCAAUAAUCUUGUCAGCUCUUCCUGGACUUAUCGACAUCAACGAAGCUUUUCACAUCUGGAAACUCGACAAACUCGAUUUCCUCGCUUGCAUUGGCGCUUUCUUUGGCGUCUUGUUCGCCUCCGUGGAGAUCGGCCUUCUCAUAGCGGUGGCCAUCUCCUUUGCAAAGAUAUUACUGCAUUCAAUUCGACCAGGGGUAGAGGUACUAGGAAGAAUUCCAAGAACAGAUACCUUCUGUGAAAUCAGUCAAUAUCCCAUGGCUGCCAAGGCCCCAGGCAUCUUGAUAAUCCGCAUCGACUCUGGCUUACUUUGUUUUGCUAAUGCCAACUUUGUUAGAGAAAGGAUAAUAAAGUGGGUGGCAGAUGAAGAGGAUGCAACGGAAGAGACUGUAAAGAACAUUGUUCAAGUAGUGGUUCUCGACAUGUCCAAUGUGAUGAACAUCGACACUUCAGGAAUUUCUUCUCUAGAGGAACUGCACAAGAAGUUACUUUCCCAUGGCAUAGGAUUAGCAGUGGCAAACCCAAAGUGGCAAGUGAUCCACAAGCUAAAGCUAGCCAAGUUUGUAGACAAAAUAGGGGGAGAGAGGGUCUUCUUCACAGUGGGUGAAGCUGUAGAAGGUUGCCUUGGCUCCAAAGUGGCAGCUAAUUCAGGCCUUAGCAGCUGUUGACAAGUCUUAGAAUAUAAAUAGUGCCCAGCUCUCUAUUUGCUUUAUCACACAUAUAUAUAUGUAUAUAUAUAUAUCCUAAGAAAUUGCAAAUAAUACAGUUGGGGUUGAGAGUGGUGAAUAUCGGAUGAGGUCCAAAGGAUCAUUUGUUUCCAAGAGUGCUACCCUCUCCGACUGUUAAUCAGUAUUUGGAAAUUAAGCCACAUAGGAGUGGCUUAGAUCCAGCUAGGUUUCUAGCAAUAGUUUUCUUUGAAUCAAUUAUAAAAUGGCUGCUUAUUUGAA